AUUUUAAAGGGGGAAGAAAAUUUGAGAGUUCCUUCUUAAGAACUAAGAACAGGUGUGAAACUGAAUCUGAUUCUUAAGCAAAAUGACAACUCAAAUAGAAACUAGUAUGCAUUAUAACUAUGAGUAUGAAGAAGAAGAGUACAUGAACCAAGAGGAAGAAUGGGACAGAGACCUGCUCCUGGACCCUGCAUGGGAGAAACAGCAAAGGAAGACAUUUACGGCCUGGUGCAACUCCCAUCUACGGAAAGCAGGCACACAGAUUGAGAAUAUUGAAGAGGAUUUCAGGAAUGGCCUUAAACUGAUGUUGCUUUUGGAAGUCAUUUCAGGAGAAAGACUACCGAAACCAGAUAGAGGAAAAAUGCGCUUCCAUAAAAUCGCAAAUGUCAACAAAGCCCUGGAUUAUAUAGCCAGCAAAGGCGUCAAACUUGUCUCAAUUGGUGCAGAAGAAAUUGUUGAUGGCAAUGUGAAAAUGACCCUGGGUAUGAUCUGGACAAUCAUCCUUCGUUUUGCUAUUCAAGAUAUUUCAGUAGAAGAGACAUCUGCCAAAGAAGGACUGCUGCUGUGGUGUCAGAGGAAAACUGCACCUUAUAGAAAUGUGAACAUUCAAAACUUCCAUCUUAGCUGGAAAGACGGCCUUGGCCUCUGUGCGCUUAUCCAUAGACACCGACCUGAUCUUAUUGACUACUCCAAGCUAUCUAAGGAUGAUCCACUGGGAAAUAUAAAUCUUGCCAUGGAUGUUGCUGAAAAACAUUUGGAUAUCCCAAAGAUGUUAGAUGCAGAAGAUAUUGUGAAUACUCCCAAACCUGAUGAGAGAGCUAUCAUGACUUAUGUUUCCUGCUUCUACCAUGCUUUUGCUGGAGCGGAGCAGGCAGAAACUGCUGCUAAUCGGAUUUGUAAGGUGCUUGCUGUGAACCAAGAAAAUGAAAAAAUGAUGGAAGAGUAUGAAAGACUAGCAAGUGAGCUUUUAGAGUGGAUUCGCCGCACAAUUCCUUGGCUGGAAAACAGGACUCCAGAGAGGACUAUGGUGGCUAUGCAGAAGAAGCUAGAAGACUUCCGAGAUUAUCGUCGCAAGCACAAGCCACCCAAGGUCCAAGAAAAAUGCCAGCUGGAGAUCAAUUUCAAUACGUUGCAGACCAAGUUAAGGAUCAGCAACAGGCCGGCUUUCAUGCCAUCAGAGGGCAAGAUGGUUUCAGAUAUUGCCAGUGCUUGGCAAAGGCUUGAACAAGCAGAAAAAGGCUAUGAGGAAUGGCUGCUGAACGAAAUACGAAGACUUGAGCGACUUGAACAUUUGGCUGCAAAAUUUAGGCAAAAGGCGGAUGCUCAUGACACGUGGUCAUAUGGCAAAGAACAGAUUCUGCAGCAGAAGGAUUACGAAUCUGCUUCUCUGACAGAGAUCCGGGCUUUGUUAAGGAAACAUGAGGCUUUUGAGAGCGACUUGGCGGCUCACCAGGACAGAGUGGAACAGAUCGCUGCCAUUGCCCAGGAGCUGAAUGAACUGGACUACCAUGACGCUGCAAGUGUCAAUGAUCGAUGUCAGAAGAUUUGUGAUCAGUGGGACAGACUGGGAACACUCACUCAGAAAAGGAGAGAAGCACUGGAGAGAACAGAGAAGUUGUUGGAAACUAUUGAUCAGCUGCACCUGGAGUUUAGCAAGAGGGCUGCUCCAUUCAACAACUGGAUGGAAGGUGCCAUGGAAGACUUACAAGACAUGUUUAUUGUUCAUAGUGUAGAAGAGAUCCAAAGUCUGAUCACUGCUCAUGAACAAUUUAAAGCCACUUUACCUGAGGCAGACGGUGAAAGGCAAGCUAUACUAUCAAUCCAUAAUGAAGUGGAGAAAGUGAUCCAGAGCUACAGCCUCCGAAUAAGUGCCAACAAUCCUUACAGCACAAUCACGCUGGAUGAGAUACGUACCAAAUGGGAGAAGGUAAAACAACUUGUGCCCAUAAGGGAUCAAUCGCUGCAAGAGGAACUGGCUCGCCAGCAUACCAAUGAACGCCUACGCCGGCAGUUUGCUGCUCAGGCCAAUGUCAUUGGGCCCUGGAUCCAAACCAAGAUGGAGGAAAUUUCCCGAAGCUCUGUUGAUAUUGGAGGGCCCUUAGAGGACCAGAUGAACCAACUGAAGCAAUGCGAGCAAAAUUUCAUCAACUACAAACACAACAUUGACAAACUGGAAGGAGAUCAUCAACUGAUACAAGAGGCCUUGGUGUUUGAUAAUAAGCAUACUAAUUAUACAAUGGAGCAUAUACGUGUUGGAUGGGAGCUGUUACUGACCACCAUUGCACGGACCAUCAAUGAAGUUGGGAAUCAAAUCCUCACAAGGGAUGCCAAAGGCAUCACACAGCAGCAAAUGAAUGAAUUCCGAGCAUCAUUUAAUCACUUUGACAGGAAGAAGAACGGGCUUAUGGACCACGAUGAUUUCAGAGCGUGCUUAAUUUCUAUGGGUUAUGAUUUGGGUGAAGCAGAGUUUGCCCGAACCAUGGCCCUGGUUGAUCCUAAUGGUCAAGGAACCAUCUCCUUCCAGUCUUUUAUUGACUUCAUGACCAGAGAGACUGCAGACACUGAUACUGCUGAACAAGUGAUUGCUUCUUUCAGAAUCCUCGCUACAGAUAAGCCUUAUAUUCUCGCCGAGGAAUUGCUUCGAGAGCUGCCACCCGAGCAAGCCCAGUACUGUAUCAAACGGAUGCCAGCGUACAAGGGUCCGGGAGCCGUUCCUGGAGCUCUGGAUUAUACCUCAUUUUCGUCAGCAUUGUAUGGGGAGAGUGACCUGUAACUGGCUACGGCCACCUGAGGCGAUUGAAAUGAAAACCUUACUUUCCAGCUUGUUGCUUCUUUGGCAAGCUGGCUUCAAAGUAAGCUUUUCCAAUUUAGCAGGUACAUUCAAUAAAUAACUAUACCUUAUAAAGUGUGCAGCAUUGAUAUCAUUUGAAUU